AUGCCGUCAACGAGCGAUCCUUCAUAUCGCUUAGCUCGUCUCCGAUCACAGACGAAAUCCCGCCGAAUGCCGGAUUACGGUAAGUUGGAGAUCUUUUGUGUGUGCGUCUCUCGCGCGGUUGCCUCUCAACGCCGUUAUGGUGGCCGGAUGUUGGAUGAGGAACCAGUAUAUGGCAGUAAUCACCUAGGCGUCCGAUUAUCUAACUCACGACCGACGCAGAUCGUGCAAGCACAUAAUGCCCAACUAAUCCAUGAAGACGCGCAAAUAAACUACAUGCAGCAACCAUCAAACCGUCGUCGCCAAACAGCUCGGGCAGCUGAUACGAGUCUUCUCGUUUCUCACCUGCCCAUUGAUUGA